AUGUCAACGGCUGCUGCGAAGCCCUCAGCAUUAGCAGCCAAACUGACGAACAAGUUCAUUCCUGUGCAGCAAAAGCCGACGCGAACAAAGCCAAAUGGAGAGGGGGAAUAUCAGUUGAUAAAAAACGAGGUCCUUGUAUCACCGUACGGCAAUCAAUAUGAGGUGCUGGAGUUCCUUGGAAAAGGAACUUUUGGACAGGUCGUGAAGGCUUGGAAGAAGGGUACCAGCGAGAUCGUUGCGAUAAAAAUUCUAAAAAAGCACCCGAGCUAUGCAAGGCAAGGGCAGAUUGAGGUUUCAAUUCUGUCGCGGCUCAGCAACGAAAACGCCGAAGAGUUCAAUUUUGUGCGCGCAUUCGAGUGCUUUCAGCACAAGCAUCACACCUGCCUCGUUUUCGAAAUGCUUGAACAGAACCUCUACGAUUUUCUCAAGCAGAACAAAUUUACACCUUUACCUCUCAACAGUAUUCGUCCAAUAGUUCAGCAGGUUCUAACUGCUCUCCUCAAACUAAAGUCCCUUGGCUUGAUUCAUGCUGAUCUCAAACCCGAAAAUAUCAUGUUGGUUGAUCCGACUAACCAGCCAUUCCGAGUGAAAGUAAUCGAUUUUGGAUCGGCCAGUCAUAGAAGUAAGGCUGUAACCAAUACAUAUCUUCAAAGCAGAUACUACAGGGCGCCGGAAAUCAUUCUGGGUUUACCAUUCCGCGAAGCGAUUGACAUGUGGUCAUUGGGCUGUGUCAUUGCUGAACUGUUCCUCGGAUGGCCGUUAUAUCCUGGGAGCAGCGAAUAUGACCAGAUAAGGUUCAUCGUUCAAACACAAGGUCUACCUCCAACUGAAAUGCUCGAAAAGGCAGCAAAACUGCAUCGUUUUUUCAAAGAAAUGAAGGAGUAUGAGGCUUCUGGAGUGCACGUCAAAUCCAAGGAGACGAGGAAAUACAUAUUUUCCUUCUUGGACGACAUCAGCCGUGUGAGUAGCUCUACACUUUUGAACCAGUUAUGGCUUUGCCAAAAAUUCAUCACCGUAAUUGCUGCUUUCUCCCAGCAAUUUUAUUUGGACUUUACACUUUGA